CGACUUUUUUAUAAAAGACAAAUAAGAAAAAUGAAUCAACUAGAGGGAAAAUACGUGAACGUGGUGUUAAGUGUGGAGGAUGGUCGCGGAAUGGAUUUCGUGAGGCACCCUAUCCAUGUGGCUGGAAAUUAUUGCGGACGGAUUUUGGGCUGGGUUUUCAACUUGUGUUUGGCGCUGUGAAUACGAAUACCACACAAAAAGUUCGUUAUCUACGGAAGCUCGGUAGAAAAGGGUUCUAAAAGGGGAGUAAUUUUUGGUAAGAAUCCGAUCAAUUAACUCCAGAAUGCCGUACAAUGUUCAACACCGAACUGAUCUGGGAGGUCGAAAAAAAAGACUUGAGAAAGCUAAGAAGCUCAAAUCAGCCCUUAAGGGUCGAAUGUUUAUCCACUGACCCCCAAAACAGACGAGACCGUAUCGGUUUCGUUUUAUUAAGUCUAAGAAGUGCCCAAAUAAUCACUUUGAAAGAGGCCAAGAGUCCUGUUAGUUUUAAAUGGUAUAAACUUAUCGGAUGCCAAGCAGACAAGAAAAAACACCAUCCGGAGCUCUAUCUCGCUUUAACAAUCCGGGAUCAUUUACUAAACGGUAUCGAAAACCCCCAAAAGGAAGAGAAUAUGCCUUUAAUAUCUGAAGAAGAGCAGCCCCAAGCAAAUGAAGAUGUUGAAUUUUCAACCACAUUUCCACUAAGAUACUUGGAUGACGGGUACAUCCAUAUUGGAGAUAGUGAGGAUUACGAAUCGUUUUCUUUAAACUUAUUGGUGAAAGAGGCGAGAAAUUUAGAUAAUUUAUUGCCAGAGGCUUUGGUUUUUAGGCAAAAUCAAGAGAAAUACCAUAUGAGUUUUAAACUGUUCGGGGUCAUAAUCAAGACCAAGCCUUUUUACAAGAAUUUUCACGAUACCUUUUUUCUAAACGAAAAAGUGGUCGUUCGUAUACUCUCCAACGAGCAAACCCUCUCCGACUUUUUCAACGCCCAAUCGAUAAAAAUAACAUUGUUUAGCGGACACGAAGUUUUGGGAAUCACCGAGGUGGCAAUGGGAGGAAUUUCAUUCCAGGAGGAGACCACCAGGAGUUACUUUAGACUUCCUACUCCAGAUGGAGUCGUACCGUUCGGAGGGGAUACGACUUCUCCAUUUUUGGAGAUUAAAGCUUGGUUAAAACGCAGUACUGAAUCUAAAUUUAAGCCAAAUCAAGACCUACGUACUCCCACAAAAAUAUUUCGUUCCCACCUGGAAAAAGCAGCCACACCACGCGGUGACGGUGACCAAAUUCCUAAUCUACACUUACCAGACCAUCUAGAAAAAAUCGAUUUAAAAUCAAAAAGCGAGUGCAGUAUUCCAAGCCCAGACUGUGAUAAUGUGGUGAUAACCAAAUCUGUAGAUACUGUGAUUAAAAGUGUGCCACUAUCACCAAGAAACGUCCCCAAGUAUGAUGUUCGUAGCGGUUAUGUUAAAUACAAUCUCGAAGUAAAUCUGCAACAUUUAGUGUGGAAGAUCCCACCGAAAGAGAAGAUUGUAAUAUUCAAGUUUUUGCACCCUAGGGCGUCAAAUUAUAUCACAAUAUUCACACAAUUAUCUAACGUGGUAGGCGAAACUGUUGACUUAAAGAACAUUGGAAUGAAAGUGAGUUAUGUGUCCACAAUUGAUCACAUUACCAACAUCUUAAAUGCUUGGCCUCCUAAAUUACUCCUAACAGAUGAAAGGGAAAAACUGCUUAGUGAGGAGUACGAGUUUGAUGCAUCCAAGUUCUUUCACGAAGAUUUCAGGACAUACAAAUACGUAGCAGACUUAAAAGCAGUUCGGACGUUCCAACCCUUAGCGAAGCUCCAGAUAAUGCUUAAUCUGGAAGAAUGUGAUUUGGGUGAUAAUGUGAAUACAGAUUUUCAGUUACAACCUCCCAUAAUAGAUGAAUUAAUUAGUAUUAAAGAGCUGGCCAGUCUAGAAAGUUGGAAAAAGUGCCAAAAGGAAAUUUUUGAAAAGGAAAUGGAGAAGUUUAUGGAAAAGGAGCGUGUCAAGCUGGAACAAGAGUGGCAAGAAAAGAAGCUACUCCUAGAGCAAAAGCUUGAUAAUCAAAUGCAAAAAUGCAAGAACCUUCAAGAGGAAAUGCAGAGAAAACUGAACAGCAUGAAAACCGACAAAUACUUAGGGAGACGUCGAAAUCACGCCAAUAUCUUUGAGGAAAUAUUCACGGAGAAUUGGGAAAAGUACAACACUGCAGACAUAAAAGAAGUGAUCACAGUAUUAAGUAGAAAUCAACGCGAUAAUGAAUAUCUCAGAAAACUAGUGGAAGAUCAGCGACAGAAACUCGAAAAGCUGGAAAAAACCGCCCUUACAAAAGAACAAACUGUUAGUUUACUUCAAGAGCUAAAAGGGUUGGAGAGGAAUUUCGAAGAAGCGCAACAUACAAAAGAGUAUUUUAAAGAGCAGUGGCGAAAGGCGUGUGAGGAAAUUCACCAAAUGAAAACAGAGGAGUACAAAGAGAUCCAGAUUAAAUUGAAGAAAAGCAAAGAGCAAUUGAGCAACUUAAGUUUGGAGAGUUUUAGCAAUUUCGUGAGAAACACGUUUGAGGACGAGGAGCUUUCGCCCUUAAGGAGCAUCCCUAGUGCCCAGAGUUUUUAUAAAGAGUGAAGUUUGUGUAAAAUAGGAAUUUGUUUCUUUAGGUAUCAAUAUAGACAAAAAGGGCAUUAACAAA